AUGUCGGAAUCCGCAUCCGCCCUUCCCGCGUCUGCAUCGUCGCUCCUGCCUGGGGCUUUUCGGAUACCGAAAGAGAUCGAAUGUUGGGGUCACCGAGGGGCGAGCGCCCACCUGCCAGAAAACACGUUGGCCAGUUUCAGAGCUGCGAUCCUGGAAGGCGCAGAUGGUAUUGAGUCUGACGUCCACGCUACCUCGGAUGGCGUCGUCCUGAUGUUUCACGACCCAACGUUGGAUCGUACCACAACCGGGACAGGGACUAUCAAGACCCAGCCUUGGGAAGGGGUCAUCGAACAUGCCCGGACCAAGAAGGAGCCAGUGCAGCCAAUACCACUAUUUGCGGAGCUGGUAGCGCUGCUGAUGGAACCCGCAAAUCUGCAUGUUGUUCUCAAUCUGGAUUGCAAGAUGCAGAAUGAUCCAGAGAGGCUGUUUCCUGAGAUGGCCCGGAUAGUAGCAACCUACCCUGACUGGGAGACGACACUUGCGCCCAGACUCAUCCUCGGUCUCUGGCAUCCCCUCUUCAUCCGCUCAGCCCUGCGUCACCUACCUCUCCUCACUCGCUACCACAUCGGUUUCUCCCUCUCGAUCGCGCGGACCUUCUUCUGGGAUGCCUGUUCUGGCUUCUCGAUCGCAUUCCCGGUGCUCAUGUCAUCUGCUGGACAGACGUUUCUUCAAGAAUGUAGGGAGGCGGGCAAAGAGAUAUGCGUGUGGACGGUGAACGACCCAGGGGAGAUGAGAAUUGCGAUGGGAUGGGGCGUGCAAGCGAUCUUGACGGAUAGGGUUGGCGUGUUAACGGGCCUCAAGAAAGAGAUCGUCGCGCAUCCCGAAUUGCUACCAUUAUCCGGCAUCAAAGGCUCUCUCUUCGGCUGGAGCUCUUGGAGAUACUACUCUCUCGCACAUACUUGGAUGCAGCGGACGCAGCUCGACGUACUGCGUACCAUGUGUUAUCAACCUGGACCACUCAAGCUACCGGACCUGGCGGACGAAGUUCGCGAGCGGCCUGCACUCAAGACGUGA